AUCUGAAAAAUAUUGAAAAACAAAAUGGGAAAAAAGAGUAGGAGCAAGAGAAAAAAGCAAGAGAAACAGAGGAAUGAUCCAGUUGAUAAUAAUAACCCAGCAAACAACACUUCAAUUUCUAGUUUAAACACCGGUGUUUCUCACCAAAUUGUUCCGACGUUUAUCUAUAUACGGAGGAAGCAUGAUCAAGAGAAAGUGUAUAAUCAUGUCAAUAACCCCAAAAUCCCAGCUAAUUAUAAUAUGGACCCUAAUGACUUCAUCAGUCGUUUACCAGACAAUAUCCUUCACCACAUCAUUUCGUUGCUGCCUUUUGAAUCCGCAGUCCGAACUUGUUUUCUUUCAACACACUGGAAACACCUUUGGAGAGAGGCUUUGUUGGAUUCAGUCCAUGAUGUAAUCACAAUGGAAACUGCCAUUAAAGCCAUUCAAAGCUUUCUUAAUGGUUUUUACGAGCACCACAGGUCAAGAAAUAAGUGGGGUUUCGAAUUCGAGUUCAGCCACGGAAGAGCCAUCUUAGUUGCUUGCAUUUCCAGCAAUGGUGCACUUCAACUUGAUUUCUCAGAGGGUAAACAAGAACUCCCUAGGCCAUUUGAUUUGCUCUUGGAGCUGAACCUUGCAUCACCUAAAUAUGGAAAUCUUUGGUGGCUUGAGGAAAAUUACCCAUUGCGAACCCAACAACCGUCUUUAAACACAAUGAAAGUAGAAUCUUUGUAUCUCAUAUCAGUAAGCUACCUUUCUAGUACGGCAGUUUCUUCUUUGGUGCCAAAUUUGCCAUUUCUCAAAAGCUUGACUAUCUCCAAAUGCAAUGGAUUACAAUCUUUAGAGAUAAAAGAGUCCAAAGGGCUUCGUAAAUUAGUUGUCCUCGAUUGCCCCCAUUUACAAUCUCUCACUUUUGAAGGUUUCCGUUUGAAGUCUUUCAGGUACAGAGGCAACUUAGUGUCCUUUCAUUUUAGAGUCUCCAGUGUAUAUAAUUAUGUUAGCCCAUUUGGUACGUAUCACUGGGGGCUAUUCAUGGAAGACGCCAUGUUUGAUCUUAGACAAGGUCCUCUGACACAAUGGACAUGGGACAUCCCUCUCUUUUCUCCUUAUUAUUACGGUCUCUUUAAUGAAAGAAACCGCUGCAGCUGUGCUAACAAGUCUAAAUGCUUCAACUCAAUUUUGAGAAGCAUUAAGGUGGUUGAAUCUCUAACAAUGUGCAGAUGGUUUUACGAGAUGUCGAUAUGCAAGAUGUUGAUCUGUUCAAGUGGAGGCCCUGAAUAUCGUUUGAGCAAACUAAAAGAGCUUUGGUGGAUUGAUUGUUCAAUGGAAAGAGAAUCUAUCAAUGCCUUACUUUGCUUUCUAAAGCUUUGCCCUUACUUGGAAAGACUCUAUGUGACUAUUGAUCCUAAAGGCUAUAAGUUGCCCAGUACUGAGAAAUUCUCAGCUUUAGUCAUUGUUCCUGAUAAGCUCGAGGAUCUUCAAGCCGUGAAACUAGAAGGAUUUGCAGAUGAAGAAAAGGAGAUUUUAAUGGCGAGGCGAUUGAUACCAUUAUUCGGAGAGAAGAAUCCAGUCAUCAUGUCAAAACCACAAGGUAAGCGUUUGAAGCAUCUAGUGAAAGUAGCCACGCUGGAGAAGAAGGGCAGGUAUCCGUACAAGUUCAAAGUGGUUGAAAAUGUUGAUGACAAUUUUCCAGAUCAUGUUCAUAUGAACUUUUAAUUUAAAGGCUUUCUCAGUUAUGUUUGAAUCCUGUUGCUGUUGAAGAAUUUUCCAGGAAAAGGUCAUGGUUUUCGGAUAGUGAUUCAUAACUCGUUUCACUUUGGUUUAUACGUGUGCUCAUAUGUAAUCUUAACAAUUGACUCAACUUCUUGUGCUAUAGUUUUGGCUGAGAUUCCUA